UCUCAUGCCACUUCUCCUCCCCCUUCGCCUGUCUUUCCCAGGCAUAUCCGUGUUGCAGAGGAGCAGAGGGAGGCGGAAGUCUGGGAUCUGUUGUCUGGAGAUGAGAGGUAUCUGUCACAGAGGAGGAGUGGAUCAGGACUUGUGAGUUGCAUGCGUCCUCUCUGUGACACCCCAGGCUUGCACUGUGUGAGUGAGAGAGUCUGUAAGACUUGUUUGUUGUGGGUCUGUGCUGCAGCACCCAGAUUGACAAGUCAUUGGAGGGAUUACGCCGUGUGCUGUAAACUGUCUGUCUACAUAGCAAUAAAGAGGUUUUCCCAGCAGACUGACUUAAAGCACAACUAGCUAACUGAUCAUAUGAUACCCCUUGAGAAAGCUUGAAAGGAUGGAGUACCAGCCCAGCACCCUGACAGGAAAUGAAAAAUGAGCACCCACACAGGAAGUGUGGCCAAGCACUGUCCCGGAUGUCGGUUAUGUGACGGCAGCACCGGAAGCUGUAACCAACCACAGGAGUCUACCAUGACAGCAUCAUUGUGACCUAAUUCCGAGAUGGUUACCCUGCCCUGCACAGAGGAACGAGACUGAACUAAGCUGAACCGUAUCUCUCUGCUUAGGACUGAGUGAAGAGAGAGGUUAUGGAGGAGGCUAGGGUGUGCUCUCCUCUCCCAGACCUCAGGGAGCCAGACAGCCAGACAUGGACCUCUAUGGAGCUCCCACCACCAAGCAGGCCACUGGAGGAGGCUAUUGGGUGGGGAGAGAUGGGGGAGCAGGUGAACGAGGCAGACAGGGUGAAAGAGGACAACUCUCCUCAGACUGGAAGGACCUCUGAGGAGCCAGAUGAGCACUGGGACUCCAUGACUUUACCUGUGUACCCCAUGACCUGUCCCAGUGUCCUUCUGUCCUUUGCCACAGUGCAGUGGGACAUGCCUGACCCUUCCCCUGACACGCCCUUCCCCAUGACUGACAACAGCUUGGCUGAUGAGCUGGACUCCAGUGGAGCAGCCAGUCUGGACUGGACUGUGAGCCCGCUGUCCCUCCACCAGCAGCAGCAGCAUGAAUCCUGUAUGACAGUGAUAAACAUAGAGCUGUCUGUCCAGGAGAAGACCGAGAAGCACAAUAGACCGGAGCAACAGUUGCCUCUGGAUACAGACCAGAGUGAAAACUCCCAUCCGGCAUGUGAUACACCAAGCCCAGAUGUGGAGGAGCAUGCAGCACAUACACAGGAAGCGGAGGCUUCAGCACAACAGCUAUUUGAGGACCAUGACUCUCUUUUAGGAAGCUCUCCACGGCCAGAGACAGAGAAAGGGAUGGGACAGCCUGUGACAGAAGAGACUAUCCCACCCUCUGACCGAGCUCCUAGCCCUGUACAGACAGGAGAGUCAGCGACUGGGCUGGAUAGUGAGAGUGAGAGUGAGAGUCUAGACUCUGUACUGGGAGAGGAACAGGAACAGACUGGCAGAGUGCUAACUAUACUGAUGAGUUCAGAGCAAGGAUCAAGCUCUACGAACUAUGAGGAGAAGGAAGAGGAGGAGGAGAAGGAACAGACUGUAACUAAUUUAGAUUAUAAUGGAGAUUGUGACGAGCAGACGGAACAGACCGAGCAGUCAGAGGGGAGGGAACAGUCAGACAGUGAGGGGGAAUCUGAGAUGAUAGAACUCUUAGAGCACCUGUUUGAGCCAGCUGAACUGAAAGAACUGUCAGAACUCACAGAGAAGUCUGAACACAGUGGGCAGUCAGAGCCUAACCACACAGAACAGAGUGAAUACAAAGACAACACAGAGACAACAGAGCAGCAAGAAGAGUCUGAGAAACUUGUAGAGUCCGACCAGGUAGAGCAUUCAAAUCAGUCAGGGGAGGAAGAACAGCAAACUGAAGAGGCCCAUUUACAACCUGCAGAACAGUCAGACGAGACAGAACACUCAGAACAAUCAAAAGAAUCAGAGCAGACGGAACAGUCAGAGCAGACAGAAUGUUUAGAAUCAAAACAAUUGCAACAGACACAACAUUCUGAGCAAACAAUGAACUCAGAGCAGACAGAAUUUUCAGUGCAGAUGGAACCACAGACAGAACCAUCAAAGCAGAUGGAACACUCCGAAGAUUCUGAGCAGUCAAAACAAUCAGGGGAGACAGAACAGUCAGAACAGACGGAACAGUCAGAGCAGAUGGAACACUCAAGGGAUUCUGACCAGUCAAAACAAUCAGGCGAGACGGAACAGUCAGAAAAGACAGAACAGUCAGAGCAGACGGAACAGUCAGAGCAGACGGAACAGUCAGAGCAGACGGAACAGUCAGAGCAGACGGAACAGUCAGAGCAGACGGAACAGUCAGAGCAGACGGAACAGUCAGAGCAGACGGAACAGUCAGAGCAGACGGAACAGUCAGAGCAGACGGAACAGUCAGAGCAGACGGAACAGUCAGAGCAGACGGAACAGUCAGAGCAGACGGAACAGUCAGAGCAGACGGAACAGUCAGAAAAGACGGAACAGUCAGAGCAGACGGAACAGUCAGAGCAGACGGAACAGUCAGAGCAGACGGAACAGUCAGAGCAGACGGAACAGUCAGAGCAGACGGAACAGUCAGAGCAGACGGAACAGUCAGAGCAGACGGAACAGUCAGAGCAGACGGAACAGUCAGAGCAGACGGAACAGUCAGAGCAGACGGAACAGUCAGAGCAGACGGAACAUUCAGAGCAGACGGAACAGUCAGAGCAGACGGAACAUUCAGAGCAGACGGAACAGUCAGAGCAGACGGAACAGUCAGAGCAGACGGAACAGCCAGAGCAGACGGAACAGUCAGAGCAGACGGAACAGUCAGAGCAGACGGAACAGUCAGAGCAGACGGAACAGUCAGAGCAGACGGAACAGUCAGAGCAGACAGAUAACAAACCAGUACAUUCAAAGCAGUUAGAACUACGUUUUGUUGAACAGUCAGACCAUACAGAAGAGCAGAAACACUCAGAGAUUGAACAGCCAGCGCAGACUGCACUGACUGAAUUGACAGAAGAGGAUGAGCAGACAGAGCAUUCCAAGCAGGUAGAACAAUUGGAACCGAAAGAGUAUACAGAGGAUUCAUGUUUGCUGCCCAGGGAAGGAAGUGGAGAGCAACUGGAGUCUCAGGUACAGCAAACGGAGGCCUCAGAACCAGUGGUGGUCCAUAUGAAUGGUGGAGGUUUGGACAGGGAGAGGGCCUGCAGGCUGGCUGAAAGACUCUACAGGCUGGAUGGGAUCCACAAGACAGACGUGGUCAAACACCUAGACAAAGACAAUGUCUUUAGCCAAGCUGUUGGGGAGGAGUACCUCAAGUUCUUUGACUUCACCGGUCAGAGUCUGGACCAAGGCCUGAGGUCUUUCCUGAGGGUGGUGGUGCUAAUCGGUGAGACCCAGGAGAGAGAGCGAGUACUGCAGCAUUUCUCCUGUCGCUUCCAGCAGUGCAACCCUCACACCUUCUCCUCUUCAGGAGAAGUACUCACACUCACCUGUGCUGUGAUGCUUCUGAACUCUGAUCUGCAUGGACAGAAUGUGGGUAAAGCCAUGUCUGUGUCCAGCUUCAUCUCCAACCUGGAUGGGAUGAAUGUGGGUGAGAACUUCAGCAAGGAGCUGUUAAAGGCUCUCUACAACUCCAUUAAGAACGAGCCUCUGGAAUGGGCAGUUGAUGAGAAGGAACUGAAGAGCUCCAUGCUGUUGGCGGAGGACGCUAAAGAGGACGCACCCUUGCGCUCCAAGAGCAACCCGUUCCAAGAUGUGCCUCAUGACAAGAAGGCCACAGUGUUCAAACAGGGCUUUCUCAAUCGCAAGACCCACGCUGACAUCGAUGGCAAACGCACUCCUUGGGGGAAGAGAAGCUGGAAGACCUUCAAUGGAGUGCUGAAGGGAAUGGUCCUCUACUUACAGAAGGAUGAGUAUAAGAUGGCAGAGUGGCAGAGUACAGAGGAGGUGGUCAGUGUGCACCAUGCCCUGGCAGAGCGGGCAGCAGACUACACCAAGAGACCACAUGUCUUCCGUCUGCAGACCGCCGAUUGGAGGGUCUUCCUCUUCCAGGCCUCCUCCACAGCAGAGAUGAACUCAUGGAUCAACCGUAUUAACUUGGUGUCAGCCCUGCACUCCUCUCCUCCCUUCCCUGCUGCCGUGGGCUCUCAGAGGAGGUUCUGCAGACCCAUCCUGCCUGCCUCCCAGUCUGCUCACAAACUGGAGAGACAGCUGCAGUCCCAUGCUCGCAUGCUGCUGUCCUUCCAGGAGGACCUGGCCUACCUGCAGCAGAGUCUCCCUGAGAGCCGCAGGGCCAAGGCCAAGGAGCUGGAGGAACACCGAGUCAGAGAGGAGUACCUGCAGCAUGAGAAAUGUCGCUACGAGGCCUACAUCCAGAUGCUGGAGGCCUGGAAGGGUUUGAACCAGUCAGUCGACACUGAGGUGGGAAACAGCGAGCUCAACCUGUUUGACAGAGCUGUGUGUAAGGACACAGUGGAUGAGGAGGGGGAGGAGGGAACCCUGAAGAAGUCCCAUUCCAGCCCCUCCCUGGAUCUGGAGAUGGCCUCACCCCACGUGGUCAAAGUCAAACGCAACAUCUCGGAAAGACGGACCUAUCGCAAGAUCAUCAUACCGCGACGCAACCAGGACAUAUGAGAACAGGUGCCCAAAAGUGAUGCACACAUGACUCUUACAUGAGUUUUUAAUAGCUCUUUUUAGGACAUAGACACAAUGUGUUACUUCCAAGCACUGUCAUUUUUCAUUUUCAGCUUGCAGUUAUUUAGCAAGAAGGCAAAAGUCAAUCUCAGGGAACUUGCUUGAGUCCUUUUCUUUGUUACAUUUGCUUUACAUAAAAGUAUUUUAGUUCAUAUUUGUGCACUUUCAACUUAACAAAAUUAAUUAAACCUCAGAAGUCAAUGCUCCUUGCUGAGACAGGUGAAGAAGAGUGAUAAUGUUUGUCUCUGAAUUAUUUUAUUCCCUUUAAAACUCACAUGGACAUACCUACACCUCUGAAUUUUCUGUGAUAUGUUGAGAUUCCUGUUUAUUUCUAUUAGAAAGGUAUCUGCAGUUACAAAAUGUUACUUGUUUGCUCCAUAUGGUCUAAAUGCAGUGUGCAAUUAUAACCUCAAGAGGGUGCUAUACAACAGCAUAUUACACAUGAAGGCACGUACAGUUUGACAAAUCAUCAACAUUUUGUCAAUAUGCUCAUUUUUGUUAUGCAUUCUUGUAUCUUUUAUGUAAUUUUAUAUAAACAUACUUUGAUUGCAUCUCCAUGAAAGAUUAACACUACUGUAACAUUUCACUAUAAGUAUCACAUUUAUUUUCUGAGAACAGAGAAGGUUAUGAUAGUUCAUUUAUAUCAAUCCCAAUUAGACUUUUUGAGUUUAGUUCAAUUAUCCAUCCCAAUUCUUCGAGCUGCCAGUCACAUAUGCCCUUGUGGUAAUAGGAAUGGCAUAAAGGGAAUUAAUAGCAGACAAAGACAACUUUUUGAUCUCUCUCGGUGGCACAUGGAGGAAUUCUGGGUCGUUUUGUUCUCUUUCAGAGUGACAUCUUCAGCCGCGGUCAACCUGGAGUGUCUCAAUAAAGAACAGGAUGUUUCAGAAGACCCCCACAUUGCUCCUUAAUGUCACUGUUGUGGAUGACAGACAGGAAUGUGAUGUGACAAUAGGUAACACAGUGAGGGGUACAGACAAUACAGAUGGGGCUAACCUUGUCUGACUGGGCUGGUCUCUUCAGGAUCAAGAUUGGUAGCUUUAACAGGAACAUUUGUACAUUCAUAAAUCAUUUAUACAUACAAAAUAAUUUGCUUGGGAACCACCUUUUUCCAGGCCUACUAGGACCCAGAGUUUUUCUUGUUCAGGUCACUUGGUAAGGAUAAAGGAAGGGCCCUUCUUAUGAGACAUGGGUUCAUCAAAUAUGUCAUUUUAUGUUAUUGCUGAUACAGGACCUGGGUUAAUGUGAUAAUGUUUAUGUGUAUGUAUUUUCUGUGAAAAUGGUUCCUAUUCAUUUAUUUGAAUAACAACAGACUAUUAAGAUGAAGUCAGAUUGUAAAGAUGUGAAUGAUUGGCAAAAGAUUGGCAGGAGCCUCAGGCCAUGACAAUGCUCCAGGUGUGUCUGCCUGAUAAACUGAAAAUAAGCCAUCUUGGAAAACCUUCAUGUUAUUGGUCUGUUGUACAUGAAUUGCAACAGUAGGAGAAAUCCAGAAAUCCUACUGUUCUGAGGCAAUGUUAACCUGUUAAACACGAGGCCUCAUUUAUCAAUCAUGUAUAGGCACACAUCUGUGCGUAAACCAUGCGUGGGAUUAUUUCCACGCAAAGUGUGAGAUUUGUCAAUAUGACCGGUUGCUUGAGAGUGUGUAGAUUUACACACAGCCAUGACCAUGCAUAUGCACAGGGCCAAGUGGUGGAAUAAGGGAACUCCUUGUCAAGAGUAGAAUGGGGGAAAUAUAUGUUGAAAAUGUGUGAAAUUGUGAGAGUAAUAAUUAAAUACAUUUUAGAUUUCA